AUGGCGCUCUCUCGUCUCCACCCCCUCUUUCAUCACUUCCCACCUCAAUCACUCCACCACCACCUUCAACUUGAUUCUUCUUCGCCACUACUCUCACCGCAAAGAGCGCUUGUUGGGUCCUGUAAUGGGUUGUUCUGUCUCACCGACGAUUGCUUCAGUUACACCAAUACCAUCAUUCUCUGGAACCCUUCGAUUCACCGCUCUCUCACCCUUCCUGUGCCCCGUGUUACCUCUGAAUCAACUUCCCCUUUUAUGUGUGUUCAUGGGUUUGGCCUUGAUUUGAUUAAAAAUGACUUCAAGGUUGUCAGGAUUUCGUAUUUGGAAUCAGAAAAUGGGUUUAAGUUUUGGUCACAAGCUUAUUUGAAUGGGAAGGUUCAUUGGGUUUCUUACAAGCUCAUUGACCCGGUUACUCGUGGUUGUUUUGUUCUGUUUUUUGAUUUGGGUAAUGAAGUCUUUGGGGAGAUUGAGUUGCCACUGAGUCUGGUUCAUCAGUUUCCUAGGAACAUGUUGACUGCUAUAGUGGGUGAAUUGCUUUCGGUGCUACAGUAUUAUUCGCCGAUAUACAGUAAGAGUUGUACAUUGUGGGUUAUGAAAGAAUAUGGGGUGGUGGGGUCUUGGAGUAAGCAAUAUACAAUUGAUCUUGAUGGAAGAUUGGUGUUGAUGCUUGGCUUGAGAAAGAACGGUGAAAUGCUGUUGGGAAUGGGUAGAGAGCUGGUCUCAUAUGACUUCGAGAGCCAAGAAAUCACAAACCUUGGAGUCUGUGGCAGCAAAGAUGCGUUUUGGGUGGAUAAUUACAUGGAGAGCCUAGUUUUACUGGAGGAAGGAACUCAAGGUGUGGAUGGCCGCUCAACAAAUUCUUCUGAUGCAGUUAAUAGUGAGGGAGAACCAGCUUUGCCAGAGGAAGAUGAUGGACCAGAGGAGAGUCUAGUUGAGCAACGUGCGUACUUCAUGCAAACAGUUAUGCUUGACACGUUUGAAGCUUGUCUUUAG